CAUUCGGAUCUUGCGUUGGGAGACUGUUCCUUAUAACGGGACAUGAGGCAGCGUGAGGGGCGGCUGUAGUUUAGCCCAGGGAGGCGAGCUUCAUGUUGCAAACGGCACUGUGGUGCCAGCCCGGAGCACGCCGCGAUGCUGCCUCUCCUGCUCGCUGUCCUCUCGCUCCUCCAGCCCGGACACUCGACCAGCCCCGAGCCCAUCUUCACCGCUGUCACACACUCGCUCCUUCCUCCCGACUACGACAACAACCCCAUCCAGCUCAAUUACGGCGUGGCGGUGACUGAUGUGGACAGCGAUGGCGAUCUGGAGAUAGUGGUGGCCGGGUUCAAUGGCCCCAACCUGGUGCUGAAAUACGACAAGGUCAAGAAGAGGCUCCAGAACAUCGCGGUGGAUGAGCGCAGCUCCCCGUACUACUCUCUCCGCGAUCGCCAGGGCAACGCCAUCGGCGUGGCGGCCUGUGACAUCGACGGCGACGGAAGGGAGGAAAUAUACUUCCUCAACACGAACAACGCCUUCGCAGGUGUGGCCACCUACACCGACAAACUCUUCAAGUUGCGCAAUGGCCGGUGGGAAGACAUCUUGAGUGAUGACAUCAACGUCAACAGACAAGUGGCCAAUCAUUUCGCUGGGCGAUCCGUGGCUUGUGUGGAUCGGAAGGGCUCUGGGAAGUAUUCCGUCUACGUGGCCAACUACGCGAGCGGGAACAUCGGCCCUCACGCGCUCAUCGAGAUGGAUGAGGAGAGCAGCAACGUAUCGAUGGGCAUCAUCGCCCUCUCCAACGUGGCGGCAGAGGCCGGAGUCAACAAGUACACAGGUGGCCGGGGCGUUGCCGUGGGCCCCAUCGUGAGCUCCCACAACUCCGACAUCUUCUGCGACAACGAGAACGGACCCAACUUCCUGUUCAGGAACAAUGGAGAUGGCACCUUCACUGACAUAGCGGCAGAGACUGGGAUUGACGAUCCUCAGCAGCACGGCCGUGGGCUGGCGUUGGCGGACUUUAACCGGGACGGGAAGGUGGACAUUGUCUACGGCAACUGGAUGGGACCGCACCGCUUCUACCUGCAGGCCAGCCUCAACGGAAAGGUCCGCUUUAGGAACAUCGCCACGCCUGCCUUUGCUUUGCCAUCGCCUGUGCGGACGGUGAUAGCGGCCGACUUUGACAACGACCAGGAACUCGAGGUGUUCUUCAACAACAUCGCCUACCGAGGCUCCUCAUCCAAUCGCAUCUUCAGAGUGUCUCAGCGGGAAGGAGCAGAUCCGUUGAUCGAGGAAGUCAACGUGGGAGAUGCAGCGGAGCCGAGCGGACAAGGGACGGGUGCGGUGGCGACAGACUUCGACGGAGACGGGAGGCUGGAUCUCAUCAUCGCUCACGGAGAGUCCAGGGCACAGCCUCUCUCCGUCUACAGAGUAACGCAGGGCUCGGGGAACAGCUGGCUGCGGGUUAUCCCUCGCACCAGCUUUGGGGCGUUUGCCCGAGGGGCAAAGGUGGUGUUGUACACCAGGUCGAGUGGAUCUCACCUACGCAUCAUCGACGGCGGCUCGGGGUACCUGUGCGAGAUGGAACCUGUCGCCCACUUCGGGCUGGGGAAGGACGUGGCAACUCACCUGGAGGUGACCUGGCCAGGGGGCAGCUUCUCCUCCAGACCCGUCGCCCUCACCGAGCUCAACUCCACCAUCGAAGUGCCCUUCCCACAAGAGGGAGUACAAGCUGGCAGCCAGGACAUCGAGUGCGGGCGAGGAUUCACAGUUGACGGAAGCCGACGAUGUACAGAUGAGGACGAGUGCGCCCGUUUCCCACGGCCUUGCCCCAGCAACAGGCCCACAUGCAUCAACACCUUCGGGGGCUACAGGUGUCUCCCCAACAGGAGGUGCAGCCGGGGCUACGAGCCCAACGAGGACGGGACGGCCUGCGUGGCGCAAGUUGCGUACUUUGGAGGAGGGUUGUCAUCAUCCGUGCAUCUCGCUUGCCCUCUCUACCCGCCCGUUGUGCUGCUGUCUAGCCUGGUCUGCUGGCUCCGUGCCUGAACUCCUCUCCUGCCCCCCCGACCACCUGACACUCGGAUCCCUCUGUCUUCCACUGCCUGAGCUGUCAAAGGUUUGAACUGAACUGAAAGCAACAAAUCAAAAAAGAAAACCCACGGCAAACGUUCUCUCUGUUGGCUGGCGGCCUCUCGCUGGGUCGGUGCAGACACACUCCGGAUGAAACGGCCGACCGAGGAGCCCACAAUGGUCCACCGAGCAAGGGGUCUGUCUCCCUGCACAGCCCGGCCCCCCCGUGGUCAGCUCCAAGCCCACGUUGUGUGACACCAGAGGGAUAAACGCAAAGGCCAGCCAGUGAGGAGCAGAGGAACCUUCACACACAUACUCCUGAUGCGCACCUAACAUGCACACACACACAUCCGUGUACACACACAUUUAUACAUGCUUGGACACACACAUGCAUACAAACAUAC